AUGGCAAUGGCACCAGCAACUAAGCUUGUUCUAGCCUUUGCCAUCUUCUUGGUAUUUAUCAGUUUUCCUUUCUGUACCAUUCCUACCAAUUGGUCGAACCGCCGCUUACCCCUAAAAGAAGAAGAUGUGGGUUCUGAAGCUGUCGUUGAAGAAGAUGUCAGGUCUCAUCGGUUUUCUCCAGCUACAUUACCGCAUCUCAGCUUUUUUGGAUCAGAAGAAUCUAACAUGAGAACGGAUCCUGAGACACUCAGAAACAGAGCGGUUUUACCUGGUGAAAGUGAAACCACACACCGUGAUUCAACUGCGUCAAGAGAACAAACGGAUACAGAGACGCAAGGAGAGAACAACAAUGUGUUCCAAACCAAGAAACGGAGAAGAGCUUUGUGGAAAGCAAGUGUUUAUUCAAUGACACUUGGAAUGCUAAUAUCUCUGCUAAUGGGUUUAAACAUGUCUUGGACUGCAAUAACCGCGGCUCUAGCUCUCGUCGUUCUUGAUUUUAAAGACGCAAGGCCAUCUCUAGAGAAGGUAUCCUAUUGACUUCUGAUCUUCUUCUGCGGGAUGUUUGUAACGGUAAUGGGACCAUAGGCGAAAAUCGACCAAGCCAAAGGAACCACGGUUCUGGCACUUGUGAUUCUUGUCCUCUCCAAUGUACCAACCGUGCUUCCGUUGGGAGCUAGAGUGGCGGCGGCUGCAGGGGAAGAGGAGAAGAAGGCGUGGGUGAGCACAGUGGCUAGAAACUUCUCGUUGCUUGGUUCAGAAGCAAACUUGAUAGUUUGUGAGCAAGCUCGUAGAGCAGUGAGCUAGGGCCAUGGCUACACUCUCACAUUCGAUAAACACUUCAAAUUUGGUUUACCUUCAACACUCAUCCUUACAGCCAUUGGUCUCCUCCUUAUCAAGUAA